UUUGAAAAAAUACUUUCAGAUUAGUUGAACCCAAAUAUGAAGAAGAAAUCAAACCAAGAAGGUAAAACUAUUCCAACGUCUAAAAGAUUUCCAAACAAAGAGACCAAUCCUCGAGAUGAAAAAAUUGCAGUUAAAAUGGAAAAGCUAAAAAAUAAUAUAAAUUUUGAAGGAACAGUUACACCUGCAUGUGAUAAAUCUCCGAUUCGACAACGACCUUUUUUGCGGGAGCAAACCAGCACUCGGGAAAGUAAGAAUUCAUCUGUAAAAAAUGAUGUUGUUAAGCAAUAUAGUCCGACAACGCUUAGAAGAAUUAAAACUGAAUCUGAGAGUAUAGUUGUUAAACAGAACUGGCGAUAUCUAAGUAAAUCGACACCACGAAAAGCAGAUAAACAAAAGAGAGGACAAUUAAAAAACAAGGAUCAUACUGAUCUAAGUAGUAUUAUAAAACCCAAGGGAUGUAAUGCAGCGGUAAACAGUAGUGAAACAACAAAGAAAAAUGAAUUAUUAGAUAUUAUGACAAAAGAAAACCACAUUGACAAUAUUAUAGCAUCAUAUUUACAUUUUGUAACCAAAGAAAAUGACUCUCCCGAUGUAUCUGCCAAUCCUUUUUAUGCUGCAUUUGAAAAUAGACUGCACAUGUUCCACGGUCAUAAUUCCCGUAACAAUGAUUUCCCCCACUCGGAAAAAGUAAAUCAACCCAUGUGUACUCAACACGUUCGUUUUCCUCAGCCACAAUUUAAACCUUUACCGAUAAAACAUCAAUGUAUAACAUCAUUUCAUGCAAAAUCCAAAACCGAAAUAAAUCAACGACCAAAUAAAAGCAAGGUGACUUCAGUGCAUGAAAAGUCCGAUUCAACAGGCCGGGGCAAAACCUUAACAUCACAUUUACAUUCUGCAUACAAAGAAAAUGAUCAUGUCCCUGCAUCUGUCAGUGCGUCUAGGACUGUAUUUGAAUGUGAACUAUGCAAGCUAAGAUCGAUGUUGAAAAGUGAACUUAACGGUUAUAAUGUCUGUAACAACGAUUUCAACUCAGACAUAUAUAAACCUACCUGUAUUCAGCACGAUUGUGUUUCACAGGCACAAAUUACAACUUUACCCAUAGAACAUAAAAACUUUACACCAUUCCAUGUAAAAUCCGAAACAAAACAGGAACCAAAUAAAAGCAAAGAAACUUCAAAGGAUGAAAAGUCCGCAUCAGGAAGCCGGGACAAUACCUCAAUGCAAAAGGUACAUGUAGAUAAACAACCCACAGGAACACAGUCAGAUGUAAGAAAUGAAAGCGAAAUAAUAAGACACGAAAACAUUAAAAAAACGUCUGAGUGCUUUAAUGAGAGCCGUUUACCAUUGCAAAGCAGUAACAGAGAAACCCUUAUUUUAAACAAUCACGGAAUCAAAAAUAAUCUUAUUUAUAGCAAACCAUUAAACUUCAAUUCUGAUUGGAGUUACCUAGGAGAUACAAACCGUAUAAAUUGGAGAUAUAAACCGUCGUAUAACAGUAUUAGACGCAAAAAAUAUCGGAAAACCCAACUAAGUAGCCAACAUCUUGACUCAAUUUUCCAAUUCUAUUCUGAAAGAGUCACAAUAGAUGUUGAUAUUAAAAAUGAAACACAUGAUGAUAUUAAUGAGCUACUUGACAAUAUUCUUAAUAAAAGAGAAAACAGAGCUCGCUUUUCAACGGAGGCCACCACCGAAGGUUCAUAUGCUGUUGGGGUAAAAGUAGGAAAAGCAGAAGAGUUAGAUUAUAGUGUUGAUGUCCUAAUCAAUUGUCAACAACUAGAACUGUCUGAUGAGCCGGUUAACUUCGAAUUCGAGGGAGAUGACAUUGACAGUCAUGAUAAAAAUGAGAAUCUAUCGAUCUUCGUAGACGCAGGGAAGCGAUAUUUUCCAAAUGAGAGGAGAUCCUUACGUCCAAACCCUAACGAACCCUACGUGCCUGAUGGCUUUAAAGCUGUUUAUGUUUCUCGGCCGGUUAAUUCAAGAUUUCCAAAUUGCUGUGUACCGGAUAGAAACCGGACGAUGAUUUUGCCUUACUAUCUCCUGUCCGAGUUUCACGACUUUGUCAGUAAUGCUGUGUAUGGACUUGAUGCAGUUAGUUUAAACCGUGGCGUUAAAGGUCCGGCUGUGUCGCUGACAAUUCAACAGGACGACGGGCCAAAUAUUUCAGUAGAUAUUACUCCAAAAUUAACCUUAUCAAAUGAGACAAUAAGUGUCACAGACUUUGGAUGGCCAAGACGCGACACUAAUAAAUGGCUAACAGAAGACGAAAUAGAUAGUGUUAUAUGUCAGCAGAUAUAUUUGGUGCCUAAAGGAGACAAAUAUUGGAAAAUAUCGUAUGCAAACUGCGAAAAUGAACUUUUGAGAGAUAUUGAUGAAGCAAAAACUUGGCGGAAAGCAUGCCUUAGAAUUAUGAAAAGGAAGUUGAUGCAAUGGAAGUCAAAAUCUACGACCGGAUUAAAAGAAAUUUCCUCGUACCUAUUGAAGACAACACUUUUGUGGCUGUGUGAAAUUUUACCAAAGGAUGAAUACUGGUACAAAGAAGAACUAGCCAACCGCUAUCUGAACUUUUUACAAGAGUUUGCACAUCGUCUACAUAAACGACGCAUAGGGGAGUAUUUCAAUCCGACUGUAAAUCUACUUGAAAACAAGGAUGAUGACUGUAUCGACGAACUUAAAGAUUUAAUAGAAGAAGAAAUCUCUUUGUUCAACCAAUGAAAAAAUUUUCAUUAGGAAAUGUCUUCGGUAUUUGAACUCUACUCUCAAGAUGUAAAUAUUUGCAAACACUUGCUGUUCGUAUAACAAUCAUACUUUAGUAACAUUGCAUAUGCCAGUAAAAGCAUGAUGAGUUUUGUUAUGGCUUUUUGUAGAUAAAUUUUGUCAAUAAACCUGUAACAAAAAUUACAUGUUAGUGCUAUAUUAAACAAAUAAUUGUUUAAAGCUAAU